UCUGCCUUACCCGUUUUGGAGGUCGGGCCGAUUUGAAACCUCCAAAUUGCGAAACGGGCCACCGAGAAUGCCCGAAUAACCCGUCUUCAACUUAGCUUGGCAUUGUUAUACACACAUACUCGGCGAUCGCAGGCAGCCAACAAAACCGACCUGUAUGUGGGUUUCCAAAUGGGGUUUACAGCGUUGAGAAGUAUAAUUCGCCCGCUAUCAAGAACCCUAACAUUUCGUACUUCCUGUUCGGCUUCCACUUCUCCUACGACAUCGUUUUUGUGCCCUCCUCUUUCUCCCAAGCUCGAGUUCCGCUUUGCUUUCCAUCAAUCUCCAUUCUUCCAGAUUUCGCGUCACUUCAGCAUCUUCUCUGAACCCAACCAUUUCGAUAGAUUAACCGACUCUCGUCUUCCAAAGCGAAGACCUCAGGAUGAGCCUCGUCGAAAAAGGGCCUACUUGAGACCUCCUGGGCCAUAUGCUUGGGUUAAGCAUGUACCAGGCCAACCUAUCCAACCCAGCAAUCCUAAUGAAGGAAGUGUCAAGAGAAGGAACGAGAAAAAGCGCAUAAAGCAACACCGCGCCUUUAUAAAGUCAGAGGCAAAGAAACGGAAGGCUCAGUUGCAGGAGGCAAAAAGGAAGAAAAUUAUCAAGAGAGUAGAGCGUAAGAUGGCCACAGUGGCAAGAGAGAGAGCAUGGGCUGAAAGACUGAAAGAGCUACAGCAGCUCGAGGAAGAGAAGAAAAAAUCAAUGGCGUAGUUCUUUUUUGCUAGGUUUAAUCUGCGUAUGCUAUUGAUGCUUUUGCCAUUUUUAGUCGAAUGCUAAUUUUAAGUUUCUAAUAAGUUGUUUUUCUUCACUGUUGAUGGAGUUUGUUAGCACUGCUCUGAAUGGCUUGGUAAACGAAUUUGAUAGUAUUUCUUUGUGCA